CUCUCCGACUCCCACCAGACCAACCACUGCCGCCUUCUCUUGUGUACUGUUCGUGCGUUCAGCGUUGACGAUUCGACAUUUUUUUUUUUUUCGUGAUUUGUUCGUAAAUUUCAUUAAUUUCUUGCCGUCCAGAUACUUUGGCACGUAACGUAAACUCGUCUUGGCCGCUGUGUGCACAACGCUACAACUACGGUAGCCACCGAUUGACUGACGCCGCCGAUUCUGCUGCUGUUGCUGCUGCUGCUGUUGCUGCUGCAUUCUGUCGUGUAUCGUCCGUGUGUGGUGAGUGUAUGACGUGGUGGCCCUUGUUGUCUUGAACGCACACGAAAAUACUGUAAAUAACGAAAACGACAACACUCGAUCCACAUCACAGUGUAGACGAGAAAUGCGAGAUUUUGACCACAAACGGGGCAGACAAUUGGUUGACUGUACCACUGAAGAGGACACCGUUGCCGAGGAGACAGCCGUAAAAGAAAAAAUGCCGUCCGAUACUGAAAGUAACACAAGUUUUAACAACAGCAGUGUACGGACUUUUAAGAUUUUCAUUGGAAAUCUUUCUGAAAAGACCACAUCUAGUGAUAUCAGACCACUGUUUGAGAAGUAUGGCAAAGUUGUUGAAUGUGAUGUAAUGAAAAAUUUUGGCUUUGUUCAUAUGGAUGAUGAUACUACUGGCCGUGCAGCUAUCAAAGCUUUGAAUGGUUCAAUGGUAAAUGAUUUAGCCAUGAAAGUAGAAGCUGCCACUAGUCGCCGUGGUCCCAAUACCCCAACUACAAAAAUUUUUGUAGGAAAUCUUUCUGAAACAACAAAGGCCAAUGAAGUACGAGAAUUAUUUGGAAGAUAUGGUACUGUUGUUGAAUGUGACAUUGUUAGAACUUAUGGUUUUGUGCAUAUUGAUUCAACUGAUGUAAGCAGACUCAUAAAAGAUUUAAACGGACAUAUGUUAGAUGGUCAACCAAUCAAGGUGCAAAUUUCAAAUAGCCGUGUUCGUCAGAGACCUGGAAUGGGCAUGCCAGAGCAGUGUUAUAGGUGCGGCAAGGGUGGCCAUUGGUCUCGGGAGUGCAGUCGUGAAGGGUAUGGAUAUGGAAGAGAUGCUUUACCACCGCUUCCACCACCACGUGCCUUGCUUUAUCCACCACCGCCUCCGCCUUCAUUUGUUCGUGAUCGCAUUCUUGGUUCUUAUGGUACUGGAUUAAAAACUGAUAUGACAAGAAUGGAAGAUUAUUCAAUGUUAUCGCACUCUGAACUAGGUGGUCAUAUGUAUGAAACUGAAGGCUUGUAUGACCGUUACUAUGAUCGUAGUCUUAUGCGAACAGCCGCUGAUGGUUAUGGCAUGGAUAGAAGAAUGCCAAGAAUGCCAUCUAGCCGCGAUUACUUAUCGUCAUCCACACGUAUUGGAACAACCAUGCGUGACCAAGAUUAUGUAUUCACACGCCGAUCACCAUUGUCAAGCAGUCGUACAUCUUCAUCUCAUGCAUAUGAUGAUUUCUCUAGGGAUUCGUAUGAUGAUCGUCGAGUUUCGGGAUCUCGUGGUUCGUCGCGUUACACGCCGUAUUAAAAAAAACCGUGUAUAUAUUAUCGUGCCGCCGCCGUAUAUUCGCGCCGCCGGAUCGGAUAACCGUACACUCACACAUCGCCGACCGUCAACAAUUUUUUAUUUUAAUCGGCUCAAGUUUUUAAGGAGCCAAAAUUAUAUUUACGAAAUCUUAAUAAGAUUAUUUGUCUACAUAGGUUUUUUUUUUUAGGUUUAAUUAAAAAGUAUAAUUUCUUAGUGUCACAAAUUACAAUUUUAUUUUAUUUAUAGGCAUUAGACAUAAAAGGUUAAAUUAUCUGGGCUCUUAGAUUAUUUAUAUUGAUUCAUAUUUUCUACCUUAAAUGUACACAAAAUAAUUUUCUAGAAUUAUUUUAAGAUUCAUUGACUAUGUUUUUUUUUCAAUAUCACUAUAAUCACAUCAAUCAUAUUAACAAUUAUUUCUGGAAUUUCUGUUUGUCGAGUUAUUUAACAAAUUUUCUUUAGAAAAUUAGAAUGUAAGCCUUUAUAGUCAAAGGUUUUUACAGUUAGGUUAAUAUAUUAAUUAAAUUACUAAAAUAUAUUAAUAUUGUAAGCCCAAAUAAUUUUAUGACAACAGUACAUUGUAAUUCUCAUUGUAAAAAAUUAUAAUAAAAUAAAAUAAAAAUAAGUAUAAUAAUACCAUCUAAUUUUGUAGUCCCUAUAUUCUCUUAUAUAUUAGUUAAGUGUUUUUUAGUUUGACCGUUACAGCCGACCGAUCUCGUAGUUUGCCGAAAACGUGAUAUUUUCGUACACUGUUCGGUGCGUACGAUGUUCCGAGGACUAUUUGAACAAAGCCGGUGCGUUUGCGAUUCGUGUAAAAUACUCAUUCUUAGGUAAACAAACAUUAAAUUAAUUUAAUUUGUUCGUCUGUGUGUAUUUCAAUAUCAUUGGAUUGAAACAGGCCACUCAUUUACCAAGAAUACUUGGUCGUCGUGGUUAAAUCCGUGCGAAUAUUAUUAACAUGUGGCUGAAUGUGAAUAACACUGACCAGUGACCAUACUACAAAACUGUGCAUUUUAAAUAUGAAUCAUUAUUGUGAAUGUCAACUUCUGACGUAUUUGAUAUUUGCCGUGAUUAAUGAUUAUCAUUGGUUUGUUACUUAUAAUUAUUAUUAAGAUGCAUGUGUUGUCUCCGUCCUACAAAUGCAAGCUUAGCCAAUUUUACAUUUACGAUAAUUCAUUUUUACUCUGUUAUUUUUUAAACGUCGUAGCUAAAACUAUAUAAACGAUUCCACUCAAAUCUCUCCAAUCACCAAAAUCCUCUAAUCUCAAACCUAUCUACCCUCAGCAUUCCAGGUGACCCUUUAAAACGAAAAUAGUGUCGGGACCUCCUGACUAAAUCAAACCCAUCCACAACUCCAAGAAGUCCCAUCACUGGAUGGAUUCUUCGCUCAAGUCUUCAGUUACUUUUUAUUAAUCUAUUACAACACUUACGCUUAUUGUAAAAAUAAUAUAUUUACAGAUUGUGUAAUAAAACUAAUUAAAACAAAAAAAAAAAAAUUUUUCUAAACUAAAGUGAAUUGGCCUAUUGUAACAUUUAAGUUAAAUGAUUAUCUAAGGUAUCUUUGAGGCUUUUAUUGAUAUUUUAAUUAUGAAGCAAUUUAUUCAAUUUUUUUUAUUAUUUGAAAACUAUUUUGAUUAAAAUAUCAAUAAACCCCUUCAAUAUAUUAGUCAUACUUUUAAAUUUUAUAAUAGGUUAUUCAGUCUAACACAAAAAAUAACAGUAAAAUGGAUUAUUGUCAGUGUAAAAUUUGCUAUGUAAUACAUUUUGAAGAAAGAGACAAUACAUUGUGGGUGUGGUUGUGUCCUCUUAAGUUAAAGCCACAAUAGUCAUUACAUUUAUUAUUUUAAUAAUAUUGUUGUUUUAUUAUGUUAUAUUUUAUUUUGAAUUAGUUAGUAUACAACUUUGGAAUAACACCUUAACGGUGUCAUUUAGAGGAAUCUAAAAAUGUUAUUCAAGCAUUAUCUUGAUACAAGUUUAAUUAAUCAAUAAUUCAUUUUUACUAUAACGUAAUAAAGUUAUAGCAUAAAUGUAAAUGCAUUUACUCUAAAUUACUGUUUUGAAUAUCAUACAAACUAUUACUGCAGAGUUUAAUAUUUAAAGUAGAAACUAUUAUAUACUUAUACAAUGAAAAAUGCCAUGUGUCCCAAUAUUUCUGACUAUCUAUUUUGUAAUUUGAAUAAAUGUAUUAUGUUUAUGUUUUUCAGGGCUUCCUUAUUUAAUGUAUGGAGUACCAGUGUUUCAAGUGAUAAUGCCCUAAAACAUGUUUUAUUCUUGAAAAUAAUGUGAGUUGAUUUUAUGCUCUGGAAAGUGGGUUCGAAUUUUGACCAUUUAUAGACUUGUUAAUAAUAUUAAUUGGCAUUCAUAAAUCUUAACAAUAUCUAUAAUAAGUUUAAAAUGUGGAGCCGAAUAAAUUAUUUCAUGAUUUUUUUAUAUUUGAAAUAAAUAUAAAUAGUAUACUCA